GUCCGUCUGUCUGCAGGGACAACAUGCUGCUCCUCCUUCACACUUUCACCUGCGUCUGCGUCCUUACAGCCGGAGUGUCGGCGGUCACCACGGAGACGGUGGUGGGCGUGGCUGGCAGGAGGGUGACGCUGCCCUGUCGCUUGGAGGCGGUCGGUCAGAAAGGAGUGGACGUGUGCUGGGGGAGAGGAGAGCCGUCGCUCUUCACCUGCCACAACACCGUCAUCAACACCGCUGGAGAUCAGGUCCUAUACAGGAAGUCAUACAGGUACUCUUCCUCCUCCUCCUCCUCCUCUCUGACCAUCAUCAACUCUCGACCGUCAGACUCUGGUUUCUAUCACUGCAGAGUUCAGCUGCCCGGACUGUUCAACGACCAGACGUCCACCGUCCACCUCAUCAUCAUCAACCCUCGCUCUGUGGUCUCUGACUCCUCAGACGGCGGGGACACUGUGACCCUGAACGCACCACACACAGCAGGUUAUGACACAAGAGACGUGACCGAGGUGACAGGAAGUGAUGUCACAGGGGAAGACACCACAGGGCCAGUGGUGGCGCUGGUUCAGUCGUCUGUGCAGCAGCAGGGAAACAGUCUGCAGAGCUUCAUCGGAAACACAGUGAGAGUCUCCUUCAUCAUCUUCAUCCCCGCACUGCUGCUGACCGCUGCCUACAAAGUUCGGAGGUCUGAGACCAUCAGGAGGCCGAACCAAUCAGAGGAGGAGCAGGAAGAGGCGGGAAGCUCUGUGUAGAGACGGACAGGAGGCUGGACCAAUCAGAGGAGGAGGCGGCGGGCAGCUCUGUGUGUUCUCUCAAGUGCUCUCUUCUCUUUUCUACUUUAUAUUCUCCUUCACUACAUCUCAGAGGGAACACUGGCCUUUCCUCUGCACUACAUGUAUCUGACAACAUCUGAUAACUUUAGUUCUUUACAUAAAAACAUUUUACAUUAACACAUGU